AUGUCUGAUGUUUCUUUUGAGUCAAACCCACUUGUUUCCUCUUCCAACCUAGCAACUAAACCUACAACCCAAACCCAUAAUACCGAAUCUCAUCCUGUUCAGAUUACCACCAUUAGCCUCAAUGGUGACAAUUUUUUAAGAUGGUCUCAAUUAGUUCGCAUGUAUCUUAGAGGGAGAGGGAAGAUCGGGUACUUGACUGGAGACAAAGUAGCACCAGCAUCGGAGGAUCCUCUGUACACAACCUGGGAUGCAGAAAAUUCAAUGGUGAUGACAUGGCUCAUGAACUCCAUGAAUGAGAAGAUUGGCUCCAAUUAUAUGUGCUACUCCACGGCCAAAGAAUUGUGGGAUAAUGUGAAUCAAAUGUACUCUGAUUUGGGUAAUCAAUCUCAAGUGUAUGAACUGACCCUUAAACUUGGUGAGAUUCGACAGGGAGAAGAAUCUGUCACCAAGUACUUCAGUUCGUUGAAGCUUCUUUGGUAG